AUUCGGUAGGAAGGCUUGUUUUAUAUUUUUUGAAAUUAUUGUGCGGGUAAAUAUUUUGACGACACGUUUUGUGUAACGUUCUGAUUACGAAAAGAUGUCAAAAUUUCCAAGAGGCGUUCCGAAAUCUGCUUAUAAAAAAGAGAUGAAGGACGCUUCGGCUAAAAGUGGUGUCGGCAAACAGAAAGAAGUAGCGGGAUAUGGCCUGCACGGAGAACUGAAGGAGCAAAAUCAGCAACUGGCUGCUGCAAAAGAGGAACUGCAGAAAGAACUAACAGAAACGCAGCUAAGAGUUACCCAUUUGGAGCAACAGUUCAGUGUCCUUGAAAAGGAGAAUUGUGAGGUGAAGAAAAAACUUCAUGACUGUCAGAUAAUUCUAGUUGCUGAAAAAAUGGACCCUAUUUCAGGUGAAGUAAUUGUAAAAGCUGUACAUGAGAAUGAAGAAGAAAGAAAAGAAGUCAUGCAUGUCGCCACAGAACUACUAAAUUCACUAAAAGCUUUUGACGCCAUUGCUACUCAGCAACGUUCUCGCCUGCAGGAAAUCCAGAAAACGGUGUUAGACUUGAAUGGAGAACGGGAUCGUAUCAUGCAAGAGAGGCAGACCUUCAUUCUUGAAGCUGAUGACCUAGAAAAAGCGCUAAUGGAGGCAGAAGCACUAUUAUUGUAAAUGAGUCCAGUAGUCUUAUUUGAAGUUUGUAUGUCAGUGAAUGACAUGGUUCUAAAUGUGUUUGUUGUUGCAGUUCAUAUGUGUAAGUUCAUUAUAUCUUGUUUAAU